GCUCAACUAAGUCAUCAAAUCAAAUCAUUUCAUCUUCAAACCAAAACCCUCUCUCUCUCUCUCUCUCUCUCUCUAAAACUGUGUAGACAGCUUCAGAGCGGCACAUCCAUGGAGACACACUCUCCCUCGACUCAUCCUUCCUUCCCUUAAAUUUCUCACUUCACUUUCUAAACCCUAUUUUCCUUUUCUUAAUUAAAUUCCCAAUUCCUUUUCACAGUCGCCAAGCUAAGAAUGACUUCUCUUCCAGUUUUCUUAACCUCCCACUCUUUCUCUCUCUCCAUCUCUUCAAUUUUUAUUUAACUUUCCUCAGGUUCAUCCUUUUUUGUUUUUUAUUUCCCCUUUCAUUGAUUCAAUGAAUGAAUUUUCCGCAUUUUUCCUUUUGGGUAUUCUAUUAUGAAUGAUCCUUCUCACACUAUUAUUAUUAUUUAUUGGUCUUCCUCUUCUUUAUCCCUCCUAAUCCUGUCCUUAUCCCUCUAUUUUUUUUACCCUUUUCUUUUUGGUCUUACUUGUUGAAUUCUUCACCCUUCCUGUGAUCCAUUGUGUUAUUAUUGUUUAUUUAUUUGCACGCUAACCCUUUCUUUUUUUCUUAUCUUUUGCUGCAGAUUUCUGGGUCACCAUUGAUUUCAUUGUAGGAGGGGAGGUGUCUGGAGCUCUUUCUGCUUGAUGAUCAAUGGCUGAACUGUUGGGGCCUCGUUUGUACAGCUGCUGUAAUUGUAGAAACCAUGUUGCCUUUCACGAUGAUAUCAUUUCUAAAGCUUUUCAGGGAAGGCAUGGGCGUGCUUUUCUCUUCUCUCAUGCUAUGAACAUCACAGUGGGACCAAAAGAAGACCGACAUCUCAUGACGGGUCUCCACACUGUUGCUGAUGUGCAUUGUGUUGACUGCCGUGAGGUGCUCGGGUGGAAAUAUGAGAGGGCAUAUGAGGCAUCUCAGAAGUACAAAGAAGGGAAGUUCAUUCUUGAAAAAUCAAAAAUCGUCAGGGACAACUGGUAGCAUCCUCUGGUCGUAUUUUAAUGCAUUGAUUUUUAUCUUGAUGUAAGUUUAUUGAUUCUUCGUGAUGUUAUCUUGUAUAUAAAGCUCUCAUCUAUCUCGUCAUUGUUUUCUGUUCCUCGUGUAUAUAGUAUAUUUCUUUAAGUUGUGAACUCAAUUGGAUAUCAUUGUAUUUUGAGUCCUCACCAUAUGUGUUAAUGAAAUUGUGGUGCUUAAAUUAAAUCA